AUCCGGUGAUCAGAAGGUUUGUGUCUGUCUCCCCCGCUCAGUGAUGGUAUCGCCCUCUCCCAAGAAACGCCGGUACAGCUGAAGCCUCAGCACAGUGUGGCAAGCAGGUGGAAUUAAUUAGUCAGGCAGUGUGAAGCUGGACACAAUCAUCGGGUCGACUUGUGCGGUCUGGCAGACAUCAGUUACAUUUCAGAAACGCUGGAUCAGCUUAAUCUUGUUGAUUUGAAUGGACAAACCAGCCAGAAGUUUACAGCUCAGCUAGUAAAGCCCAAUAAAGGUUCCAUAAUGCCUGUGAAGAAGAGGAAACUACCCGACUCUGAAGAUCACGGGCACAAGUGUAAAAUUACCAGCUUUCCUCGUCCUCAGGUCCGUGGUGUGAAGCCAAAUGGCGCUGAAAGGCAGUUUUCCAGUAAAAAGUGCCUGGCUUGGUUCCACAAGUACGCCGGCCCUGAAAAGAUGGUCGGCCCGGAAGCCAUGGAGAAGUUCUGUGAUGAUAUCGGAGUGGAACCAGAGAAUAUUAUAAUGUUGGUCUUGGCGUGGCAUCUAGGAGCGUCAAAGAUGGGAUACUUCACGAAAGACGAGUGGCUCAGUGGGAUGACAGUACUACAAUGCGACUGCACUGAGAGGUUGCAAAGCAAACUCGAUUACAUGCGCAAUGAGCUCAGCGACGCCACAGCUUUCAAAAAUAUCUACAGAUACGCGUUUGACUUUGCCAGAGAUACGAACCAGAGGAGUUUGGACAUGGACACGGCUACAUCCAUGCUGGCUCUGCUGCUGGGCAGAACCUGGUCUCUCUUUCCCGUCUUCCGCCAGUUCCUGGAGCAGUCAAAGUACAAAGGCCUGAAUAAAGACCAGUGGUACAACGUUCUGGAGUUCAGCAGGACCAUCAACAGCGACCUCGGUAACUACGACGAAGACGGAGCCUGGCCCGUGCUGCUAGAUGAGUUUGUGGAGUGGCAGAAGGCGCGGCCGGCGGGCGUCACCACUAAAAGGGAAGGAGAGCGAAAACUAUCUGCAGAGACGACGCAGCUCUGACAUGGUCUCACCAACACAAAUAAAACCGUACAUAACACAAAAACAUGGACUGAAGAAUCGUCGCUGUGGACUCUUUACUCCUCACCUCCAGACAUCGUCUGCCACUGAUAAGCUGCUGCUGGGAAUCCUUCCUCUCAGUAGAAGUUACUUUGUUUUCUUAGUGUUGAUUUGGAGAAGAAUGCGUGGAAACAAAAUGAGUGGAAGGAGUUGUGAAAUUGUUUCGCUUUUCUUGUUUAGAUGUUUUCACUGUUAUUAAAAAUGAGAUGAAAAUAACAA